AUGAUAUUAUUUAAUCAUACUAAUGAAAAAUCUUUAGUAAUAUUUAAUAAACAAUCCUAUCGAGGAUGUAUUGUAACAUUAAUACGAAGUGAUAAUCUUGUUAGUUUAAAUAAAUUAUUAAAUAUGCUUAAUUCUCUUCGUUUAUAUUUUAAAAAUAUUGAUUAUUAUACAAUAUAUUUAUUUCAUGAAUCAACAUUAACAUAUGAAACUAAAGAACAAAUAUUAUAUUGUUCAUCAAAAUUGAAAAUAAAAUUUUAUGAAAUUUAUUUUAAUGUAAUAAUUCCAUCAAAUCGUUCUGGUUAUGCAUCAAUGUGUCAAUUUUGGUCAUAUGAUAUUUGGUUUAAAUAUAAUUAUUUAAAAAGUCAAUGUGAUUAUGUUAUGAGAUUUGAUGAUGAUUCUUAUUUAAUUAAUUUUACUCAAUAUGAUUUAUUUGAAGAAUUUCAUAAAAAUCAACUUGAUUAUGCAUAUAGAAUCAUAUAUCAUGAUAAUAAUGGUUUAGAUUUUCUUCAAAAAAAUCUUGAAGAAUUUUUACCAAAAAAUCAAACUCGACGUAGUUGUAUACAAAGUUUAUGUACAAAUUUAAAUGGACCUUAUGGUUAUGAUGGUUUAGCUAUUUAUAAUAAUUUUUUUAUUAUUCGUCUUAAUUUAAUUUAUGAAAAUUCAAUUAUAGAAAAAUAUUUAAAACAAUUAAUAUCAAUAAAUGCAUUUUAUCGUUAUCGUAUUGGUGAUGCAAAUGUUCAAACAAUAUGUUUGUUACUUAUUGAAAAACCAUUAAAAGUAUCGUUUUUCAAAUUUCCUUAUAAUCAUAAUGCACAUGGUUCAUUAUAUUCACAUCCAUCAUUUAUUUUUUAUGAUGGUACAUCAUUUAUGUGGCAUUAUCAAAUGAAAAUACCAAAUAUAACAUGUAACAAAUUAUUUAUUGCAACAAAAUAUAAUCUGAUAAUGAAAAAUCUUUAG